CUCUUAUGGAAGUUAUGCAAUGCAAAACAUAAGGAAGGCAAUUUACGAGCUCGAUAAUAAUAAUGCUGCAGCUGGUUGGCAGUUGGCAGUUGGCAGUUGCCAGUUGACACACGGGACAAGAACCAAGAAUCGUAGAUACAGGGGAGCUCUUGGUUCUACCUCCGUAACCCUUCAACACCACUGCACCUUGCGAUGGAAUUUUGGUCUCGGAGGAUCUGGUCGCGGCCUGGAGAACGUGCCGGACUCGGCAGCAUCAACUUGAAGACCUUCUUCGCGAUAUUGACACAUCCACCAAAUCCGAAUUUCUUGGGAAGGUCGGGCUUGAGAAUACCUUGGAAUAAUUGCUGGUCGGAGAAUCUCAAUGUGGAUGAUCUUGUGAAAAAAACACAAGCUUUCGCUAGCUGAGCCCCUGCAUAUGCCGUGCGACUUACCCGACAUGCCACGACAAACCCCAAAGAAAGAAACAAUAUCACGUCUAUUGACUAUUUCAAAGAGAUUGAUAGGCCUUUUGUCAAGAUGUUUCUAUCUGAUAUGAAACUUGUAAAAGGUAUCUGCCCUGAGAUAAUUAGCGAAACAGGCAUAUAGGUACCUACCUCUUUGACAAUCGCCCGCAGGAGCAAGAACCAGUUCGAACAGUUUUAGUUCUGAUAUUUGUAUAAGUAAGUCCAGACCAAUGCUACGUUCUGCUUCCUGGCGAAAUCCUGUCUGUAUUUAAAUGGAAUAUGCCUUGGAGUGACUCUCUAGGUAUGUUGACCACGUGGGAGACUUUCAGUGUAUCCUACGUAUUACCGGUAUCCAAGCGAGACGACAUAACCUGAAGCGUGCAGCCCUCCCUAAAUGCCCUGUCCAUUUCAAUUGCCUUCCUAUUCACACACAACAACCACAGCCUCAGCUUCGACAGAGCAUCAUGGAUUCCUCUCAGCCAGCAACGGCGUCACCUACCACGACCUUCCAGGAUUUCCGACGCCUACCUCCAGAAUUGCGUAUCAUGAUAUGGCACUUAGCAGCGCGCCAAGUUCGCGUCGUCGAAAUUGAGCUGGUCAGCGCCAAGUUCAAAGGUUUAGGCUGGAUCGACAGAUAUACGUCCAAGACGCUUGCGCUUGGCAUCUUACACGCCUGCGGCGAGUCUCGCUGGAUAGGUCUCAAGAGAUACGAGAAGAUCAAAUUUGAUGGCAUCUUUUCUGGUUCUUACGUCAACUGGAAUGUCGAUUACAUCGGGUUCACACCAUCUAACUCCCAGGGUAUGUCCUGCUUGCUAAGAGACUUAGUUCACCGUUCAGACUCACGAAGAUGCGAGGUACUGAAGCGGUGUCACCGACUCAUUAGUUCUGAGCCCAUUCCGGAUAUAAAUCACUACUAUCAUAUUAGAAGGUUCCUCCAGGGUUUCAAAAACCUAGAGGAAAUCGAUUUCUUGUUCCCAGAACACGUUGGUGAUUGGAGGGAACGCAGCGGUAACAUCAAAAUUGCACCAAUGGUCAACGCCUUACCACACGAACAAAAGAAGAUGGAUGGAUAUAUGAAUGAUUCAAGACUCCAACUAAUCCGAGAAAAGAUACCUGGGUUCAAAGGAUUCGAUGCCAUGCGAUGUGUUAGAGAGCUCGGCAGACACCUGAGUUCUCCCGAGAUCACUGGUCGAGGUGUUUUGUACCCUGACAAAACAUUAAUUCUAUCGAGACCGAAGCUCCCAAAACGGGUCAACUUUAAAUCCUACAGACUACCAGAACUGGGAAACGCCGCGAAAGAUCUAGGACUGAGCGACAAAGGUCUGAAGAAAGACUUGAUCGUAAGGCUCGAAGCCGCAGACGUAUCACUCUUUCGGGAGGAGAUGAGAGAAUACCAGCUAGAAAUGCUGGAGUAUUCAGCAAAUGUUGACAGGCUGCUUGUGCUGCCAAAGGUACCCGGCCGAAAACCAUACGAGAACGACACCAAGAAGCAGUUAUGACAGAGCGCGCACGCGAGAGGUUUGAGCUAUAAUGGCAGCACGAAGGCUCUUGUGGUUCGUCUUCAGGCAUGGUGGGAGGCUGGUUAUCUGAAAAGGAAGAAUGCUUGGCACCAGGAGAUGGCGAUUUAUCAGAAGAUGAUGCGCCGUAUUGCUGGUCGUGGGUUUUUCUGAAGAAGUUUCGAGAGAACUGGCCGCCAUGGCCCAUGGUAAGAAUUGUUUUCGGCCUCAUUGAAUGGAGCAUUCACAACUUUGUCGAUAAUUGUCCUGGCAGGAGUGUUUGUCGAAUAAUAU